AUGAGCUUCUACUACGGCAACUACUACGGAGGCCUGGGCUAUGGCUGUGGAGGCUUCGGUGGCCUGGGCUAUGGCUGUGGAGGUUUUGGUGGCCUGGGCUGUGGCAGUGGCUGGGGAUCCCGAAGAUAUGGCUGCGGCCGCCCACUGUGCUAUGGAGGAUAUGGAUUCUCUACCUUUUACUAA